AUGCAUCAUUUCAGAUACUCAAAAAGGAAGUGCUAUGUCAGCCAUUUUUUUAGUGGGCUUUGCUUGUCCACGACUGUAACCGCGUUGUUCUCGCUUCCACAUUCAGAGCCUAUCGCUUUGGACCGUCUCAUAGAUCCAUCGACGCGUCGUACCUUCAAGAAACAGAAGUACUCAAUUCCGACAUGGCUUUCUUCACCUCAGCUUCCACCCAGCAUCUUGUUCCACGCGCCUUCCGCACCCAUACGCAAACGGAGCAAACGCGUUCGAUAUCGUUCCUUUCGUCGGACCUCGAGCCUUCCUUCCAUCCAAUGUCUCGCUCAAUUCUCCCCCUCGGAAAGACCUCGAUUUGAUGCCCGACUGAACCUUUGGACAUCUCUCGACGUUCAGAACUUCCGACGCAACGAUUUUCAGUCAGCAACGAAACCAGAGUUUUCUUCCCCCAUGGAUGUCGAUACUUCCUAUGUUAUUGACAUGGCAUGCACCUGUUUCAUUUCAACCCGUUCCACACCAUAG